UGUCCCUCCUUGCCCACCGUAGCUACGCAGAAGUAUGGCGGCUCGAGAGUUGGGACCAAUGUUUUGAUGGUGUAAACAACAAUUUUGCUCCAUUUCUAAAGCCUAUUUUAUCUGGAACAUUUAUUUAUAUUGAAUAAGAACAACACUGCAACUCAGACCAUCAUGCCUUCAGCCUGUGAUGCACUGAUUGAAGACAUUGAGGACAUGGUGUCUUCUCAUGACCCCACUCCUCAUGAGAGACAGUCUUCUAGAAAGAGCAUUAUACCAAGGUCCAGGAAGAAAAAGGAUAUUCCAAACAAUGAAGAACUCCAAGCUGACAGUUUGAUCCCUGGCACACAAAAAAUCUGGAUGAAAACGUGGGGCUGCAGCCAUAACAACUCAGAUGGAGAGUACAUGGCUGGACAGCUAGCUGCCAGCGGAUACAAGAUGACUGAUGACCCGACAGAAGCAGACGUGUGGGUGCUGAACAGCUGCACUGUGAAAAACCCUGCAGAGGACCACUUCAGGAACUCAAUCAAAAAAGCCCAGGAUCAGCAGAAAAAAGUGGUGGUAGCAGGUUGCGUCCCUCAGGCUCAGCCACGGAUGGAGUACCUCAAAGGACUCAGCAUCAUUGGGGUCCAGCAGAUUGAUCGGGUGGUGGAAGUAGUGGACGAGGCUGUAAAAGGACACUCUGUUCGUCUUCUGGGUCAGAAGAAAGAUGGAGGCCGACGGCUCGGAGGAGCCAGACUGGACCUGCCAAAGAUCAGGAAGAACCCACUCAUUGAAAUCAUCUCCAUUAACACUGGGUGUCUGAAUGCAUGCACCUAUUGUAAGACAAAACAUGCCAGAGGAGACCUGGCCAGCUAUCCAAUUGAAGAGCUUGUGGAAAGAGCCAGGCAGUCCUUCCAGGAGGGAGUGUGUGAGAUCUGGCUGACCAGUGAAGACACAGGAGCGUACGGCAGAGACAUCGGGACUGACCUGCCCACACUGCUGUGGAGACUGGUGGAAGAGAUUCCUGAAGGAGCCAUGCUGAGGCUGGGUAUGACUAACCCACCGUACAUCCUGGAACACCUCGAGGAGAUGGCAAAGAUAUUGAAUCAUCCACGCGUCUACGCCUUCCUUCAUGUCCCUGUUCAGUCGGCCUCAGACAGCGUCCUGAUGGAUAUGAAGAGAGAAUAUUGCAUCGAAGAUUUCAAACAAGUGGUUGACUUCCUCAAGGAGAGGGUUCCAGGUGUAACCAUUGCAACUGAUAUUAUUUGUGGUUUUCCUGGUGAAACAGAAGAAGACUUUCAGGAGACAGUGGAGUUGGUGAAGCACUAUCGGUUCCCAAGUCUCUUUAUCAACCAGUUCUACCCCAGACCUGGUACACCUGCUGCCAAGAUGGAGCAAGUCCCAGCACACGUGAAGAAGCAGAGGACUAAGGAGCUGUCACAACUCUUCCACUCUUACAACCCCUAUGACCACAAGGUAGGGGAGAGGCAGCAUGUGCUCGUGACUGAAGAGUCAUUUGACACUCAAUACUAUGUGGCCCACAACAAGUUCUACGAGCAGGUGCUAGUUCCAAAAAAGCCUGAGUUUAAAGGGAAGAUGAUCGAAGUGGACAUCUAUGAGGCAGGAAAACACUUCUUGAAAGGCCAACCAGUCAAGGACAGUAUGCUGUUCACGCCCUCCAUCGCUGCACCUCUUCAGGAAGGAGAGGUUUCUGGCCUGAUGCAGGAGCAGAUGUCCAAUGGUGUCCACAGUCCUGCCUCUUUGACUUCAUCAUUUGUAAUUGGCUCAUACAGCCUGGACAGGGAAGCACUGAAGAAACUUGGAAUCGGACUCGCUCUGGCUGCAGCUGUCUUCGCUUUUAUUGUAGAGAAACUGUACUGGUAAAGCACCUGAAGAUAAGAGAAGGACUGUGACUUUCUACGAGCUUGGACAGUUUUUUUAAAAGCAGCUGAAUAAAGUAAUAAAACUGUCCCCUUUGACCCCCUGCAACAUACUCCACAUGCUCUUAUUCACCAUUGAAUGAGCCCAAAGAAAUAAAAAAUAAAGUCAGGGACACUUGCAGUUCAGGAUUGUUUAAAUGUUCUGAACAUUUUUCUUCUUUUGGGAUGAUGAUAUUUUUUACUUUUUAAAUUAAAAGUUUCCCACUGAGCAGCUGCUUUGCUAUUUGCUCCAAACAAAGAGUUGUCAAUGUCUUCUUCUGUCAGUGAAGUGAAAAUAUCAUAGUCAACAACUGCGGGUCAGCAAACCUCAGACCUGUUUGAUGCUAUGCAGGCUUUUGAGUACAAAUCACCUUUUAGUUUUACAAGAUUUCAAUUAGAACCUCUUUCAGUUGCAGCUCUCUUUGAUUGUUAUUUCAGGAUAAGUCAAACAUUUUCAAAUUACAGACUGUUAAAAGAAAGUGUUAUGCUUUGUUUCAUCUCCUGUUCACUAAUAGCUGCUGCCUGACAUUGUCCAUGAACUGAUAGGUAAGUGUUUGGAUCAUUUAUAGGGGGUCCUUGUGGCUUUUUAUAAGUAAAUUAAGCACAACUCAACGAGCUACACACAUUUUGGUAUCCCAGAAUGAAACUUUUUCAUCUUUCAGCUUCAUCUUAAGUCGCAGAUUCACGCACAAAUCCAGAAAACUAGACAUGUGAACCUCUUUCUAAGGGUAACAGCAGUUUUUCUGGGUGAAGGGUGUCCCCUUCUCUUUUUGACUGGUUGACUUUUGCUUACUUUACAGAAUGUUAUUUUAUUAGAUGUAAGAGGAGUAAUAAUGUGUAUAAUACUUUGAUAAAAGGUGGUUUUUAACCUCCUUUUUCAAGUGUUUCUUUUUAAGAGGAAAGAAGAGUAUAUUUUAAGAUCUUCAGUAAAAAUGUCUUUUAUGCUGUUUUUUCUCUUUUUUGUUUUAAUGAAUGGAAUGUGUUUUCAUGGUGUAUUCUUUUUAUGGUUUUUACCUCAUGUGUCAAAGUUACAGUAAGUGGUUCUGUUUGCAAUGCAGAUUUACUCUAUUUUAUUGGUUUAUUGGACAGGGGUUAUUGUGCAGCUAUAACCUCCUCCUGCUCCCAAUACUGUCAAAAACCUCUUUAUUGGAAAAGUACUACCAUAAAAUCGGGAAUAUAAGUUGCCCUGGUCUAACACCAUGCUGGCGUCACACAUCACACAGCCUCACACACUCACUGUUCACACCUGACCCGUCAGAUAUUUAAUUCUGGAGUUUAAUUGUGAAUUUUGGUUUCCCCUUGUAACAGUAUGACAUCUACCACUUUUAUAUUUAAUGUAGAUAUAUGGCAAGCUCUGUUUAGUGAGGAAAGUGUGAGAAAAUCAAGGAAAUAGUCCUGUAUGACACUCCUUGGUGGCAUGUUAUCCCCUUUUUUUCCUUGCUCCUCUCCCUUCUCAGUGCAAGCAACAGAGAUCAACAUAGGAAUUGAUUUUUUGGAAUCUCCCAGUGCAAAAAAAGAUUCAAAUCGUCUAUCUGCAUGAUUAUUUAUUAUGUUAUACGGCAAAGUCCUCAACGUGCAUCCCUGUGUAGCUGUGUCACUCUUUUAGUUCCAUCUGUUUUCACUGUUAAGAGUACCUAAAGUAUGGUAACUGAGCUCCCAGCCUCUUGUGAUUGUUGUGAGACAGACCCACUGCCUGUGAGUCAUUCUUCUCCAGUCAACCCAUCACUCACUGAUAACAGUAACACUUAGAGUAUACCCUCUGUUUCCUUUAAAUGGGCAAUUAUGCCCUAAGGAGGAAGAAAAGCUGUUAAAAAGUGACGCCAAACCCUCCCAGAUUCGUCUGUGUUUUUAUAUAUUCCAGCAUGAUCUGAGAAGUGAAGUGGCCAUUUUCAGUAAUCAAUGAAUAGAGGGAAUUUUCAUUUGUGUUAGGUCUCAAGCAACAUUUAACAUAACAUGUCUUAUACUGCCUCUUAAGUCGCCCUGCUAUAUAAGCCACAGCCAGCUUUAUAGAUGAAGAAACUAGUAUUAAAAUUGCGGCUUAUACACCGGAUUUUAUGGUAAUUAAAAAACAUCCAUGGUGAAGUAUGAAAGCAUGAACUGACCCAGUUGACAUCUGUACUGCUUAUUCUGUUUGGAAAGUCAAACUUUAUCAACACAAUAUAUUGUUUUUGUUUUUCUUUGGAUCUGUUGUGUUAAUCACCUUAGACAGAAUAAAGGACAAACUCAGCUA